AUGGUGCGGCCUGCUGCUGUGCAUUUUUUUUGCUUUCUUCCUUCGUCUCGAGCUCUUCCACCACUUGCUUUCGACUUGAAGGACGCUUCGUCGCCCCUCCCUCCCUCCUGUCAUGACCUCACGUUUCGGUAUGCGAAGAAGGCUGACCUCUUUCUUUCUCUCCUUCCGUCGCUCUUCCUCCCCCUCAGCACAGGGUCGAAACUUGUCAGGGAAAGUCGGCCUGUUUCCCCGGUCUUACACCCAACCCGCCCCUCCACAACCGCCACAAUCCUCGCCGCCCCUCUCUGCACCCACAACCACAUCUACCGCCAGCGCUUCACAUCGCCGAUCGCCACCUCCGCCAACGGCGCGCGCACUCCAUCUCCCGAACCCGCCCAUCCUCCUACGAGUCCCGGCGGUCUGCAUUCCUUAGCAGAAGAAUCGGAGAACGAGUCGGUCGCGCCACCGAAAGUUUCGGUAUCUUCAGAUGGGACCGAUGAAGGGGCGGUGAUGCGGGAGACGAUGACGGAUGUGCAGCAGGCGAUCGGACAAUUGGGUCAGAGGCGGAAUAAUGGCGCUGGUGGACAUACGGAUGAUGAAGGACGUUCGUUCACCUUCUCGUCCGUGCGCGAGUCGGAGUCGACGGAUCGUGAGUCAGAUAUCGAUAUGGAGUUGGAGAGGGAGGGUAAUGAAGGUACGGAUGGGGAGGGAUGGAAUAACCAGAAGAACGUGCGGAAGAGGUUGGCGAAGAAGGUUAGCCGGGCGAACGAGGAGGAGAGGAGGGAGAGGGAGGCGCAAUUGGAGGUGGUGCGGGCGAGGGAGAGAGGGAGUAUCAUGGCGAGUCAUAUGGCGCCACCGAUUGAAGUAGAAUUGAGUGACGAGAGCGAGGAUGAAGGGGAUGAUGACCACCACCAUCAUCAUCAUGGCCAUGACCAAGAAGAUAAGACGGAGCAUGGGAGGGUUGCGAGUCAGAGGUCAAGCUCCCAGAUGAUUCCGGAGGAGGACGAGAACGAUCAUCUCCUCGCCGUUCCUACCGCAACCCGUGGAUCGUUCGGCACUCCUCGAGGCCCAGAGCCAAUCGUCUCUAGCGAAGAUUAUAUCGUACCCUCACCAGGCUCUCAUAAGACUGGUUACGAAGAGGUCCCUACCGCCACUCAAGCAUCUUUCCCCGUCGCCGCUCCCGCAUCCGAACGGACGUCCUCGCCGUACCGAUCCGGAACGCUUCCUAGUCCAAUAUCACCGGGGUUUACGACUGGGACGACCGGGACGACCACGGGAACCGGGACUGUAACCGAUGAUAGCAGGCCGACGUCUAUUUCUCUCGUCCACCUUCCUCAACUCACCGACGCCCGGCUCCUUCUCUACCUCCCUCUCAACAUUGUUAGGCACGCUCCCCCCUGCCUCGUCAUCGACCAAUCCACGAAACUCAACGGCAUCCUCGAGCUCCCCUUCCUCAUUGAGACCUGCAUCUGGAACGGCUUCUACGCCGAGGCUCUCGAUCUCCAUUCCCACGCGGCCGCACUCGCGGCUAAGUUCCCGGACGCGAGAGUAGUGGGUGAUGUGAUGGCCGAGGUAGAUGGGGCGAUUAGGGGCCUGGUGCAGGGGCUGGUGGGGGUGUUGAGGGAGCAGGGGGUCAAACUUCCGGCGCUCUGGAACGCGAGGGUUUUGAGGAGAAUGGGGGUGUAUGGAGUUGAGGAUGAAGGGGAGGAGUCGGCCGUGCCAUCUUCAUCCUCACCCUCCUUCCGACCUUCACGUCCAACGCCAUCCAAACCCGCCUCCACCCCACCCUCCAAACCAUUCUUCCCCACAUACAAAACCCCUCGUCGCUUAUAUCCCUCCUCACCGAACUCACCCACUGCGCCACCUCCUUCUCCGGCAUCCGCCUCGAUUUCAGAGGCCUGUUGGGCCCGAGAUUCGAGGAUAUCGUCCGGGGAGCAUCGAGUCCGUCAUAGAGAGCGCGACGAAGAAUUUCGUCGCGCUUGUGCAGAAGGAGACACAGUUGGGAACGAGCACGAAACGGAGGAGAUUGCUGAGCGCGUGGUUGGUUUCGACUAG